AUGGACCGCCUUCGAAAACUACGUGCCCCGGUUCGGUCACGAAUCACGAAGCUGGCUGAUGAAAUCAAAGAGAUUCUCAGUGCUGAAUGCCCUUCACGUCCAGACCUCGAGUUGAAGCUUUCUCUCCUUACCGCGAAGGCCACCGUACUCGCAGGUAUGGACAGCGAAAUAGCGGCGCUGGUCGACGAUCAAGAGAUUGAUGCUGAGGCGCAAGGAUGCGAUCAGUACCUGGAAACUAUCGCUCAGGCAACACUCAGUGCCAAUCGACACCUCUCGCAAUGCGUCGUACAGUUGCCUUCAAGCGCCCAUGACAGGCCAUCCAUCUCUAACAGAACAGUGGCCCCACGUCCUGCCGCAACCGGGCCACGCUUGCCCAAACUUCAGAUUGACUCGUUUGCGGGAGAGUUAUCAGCAUGGCAAUCGUUCUGGGAUCAAUUUAACUCCGGUGUACACGAGAAUUCGUCUCUGUCGGCGAUAGCAAAAUUUCAAUAUCUGCGUUCGCUUGUGAAGGGAAAGGCUGAACUGGCAAUAAAGGGACUCGACUUGACUGCGGACAACUAUCCGGCAGCCAUCAGUAUCUUGACCCAACAGUUCGGCAAUCGGGAUCGACUCAUCACAGAGCAUAUGGGACAGCUUUUAGAACUCCCUCAUGUAAGAUCAUCUGACGACGUGACGAAGCUCCGCUGCCUUGAUGACACUGUAAGAGUACGGAUGCGGAAUUUGAAGAGCUUACAAGUUCCCGAGAGCGCCUACAGCAUAGUACUUAUGACGGCGCUGCUACGAAAACUCCCACCGGACAUGGAGCUAGAGUAUUAUCGGCACCACGCGCAACAGCUAUCUGGAACCGUGGCCAGGCACGUAGCAACUGAAUCACCAGAGGAUCCUCCGGUAGCCGAAACCGGUACUCUUGACUCUCUAAUUUCCUUCCUUCAGCGAGAAAUAGAGCACCGAGAACGAAUGGUGCCACGGAAAAGGGAAGCUCCAUCUCAUCAGGCGGACUCUUCAUUUUGCCCGACCCCUAAAAUCGCUUCUGCCGCAGCGCUCAAUACCAUCGCUGACUCGACAAUUCGAGAGCGAAAGCCCUUUCCGUGUCUCCUUUGUGGAUCCAACGAUCAUUCCGUUGCAAAUUGCGUUACCACCUUCACCCCAGAGCAAAAGCUUGUAAAAUUGCGACAAGCGGGAUGUUGUUUCAAGUGUGGCAAACCACGGCAUCUGGCUAAAGACUGUCGCACUGCCAAGCGACUUUCCUGUUCAAACUGUACCGGCAAACACUUGACAUCCUUGUGUUGCAAGAACGUGCAAGCUACGCAUGCAUCAUCGGUGGAUUACGCGAUUAGCUCAGAUCAGCAUGACUUACCGCCCCCACCUCUUGGGAAUCCCUUGCAUGACGGCGCCGCCACCUCCAUCAACGUUUCUAGUGUUCACAAUGGCUUGGUCAUCCUACUUCAAACGGCAAGAUCAUGGGUCGCAGCCCCGCGUUCCCCUAAGAGAAAGCUCAUCCGUAUAUUGCUUGAUGGAGGAAGCCAACGGACGUUCAUCCGCAAGGAUGUUUCAGCACAGCUACGAUGCCCCACAGCAGGUCACGAACAGCUGGCUAUCUUCGCACUAGGACGCCGUGCAAAUGCAGAAACCUUGUCUCGCCGGGUGCGAAUGUCACUGGCGCCACUUUUGGCCCGCGACCAUCUGGAAAUAGAGGCCAUUGAGUUCCAAGAUAUGUGUAUGGGAAACCUUCCAAUUCCAGCAGCCGCCAUCAGUGACCAACUCGUUGAAUCUGGUAUUCCCGUUGCGGACGAUAUUGCCUCUCGACUCGACAUACCUGGCAUCUCAUUGCUAAUAGGCUGCGAUUACUACUGGCACGUCGUCACCGGCAAAGUGAAGAAAUUGUGUGACGGUUUCGUGGCCGUAGAAACAAUCUUCGGCUGGGUACUACAAGGUCCCCAACCAGGAGAGCUCAAACUUUCACGUCCACCCCCCAUGGAUACACAUCUUCUACACGUUCAAGCUCAGGACGUAACUAUAACCAAAGAACUACAAAAAUUCUGGGACAUUGAGCAUCUCGGGAUCAAGGACGAUAUCUCUCCCGUGAGAACGGACGACAAUCCGAUAGUGCAACGAUUUUCCGAGUCUGCGCGACUCAGCGACCAGCGUUACACAGUCCGACUUCCUUGGAGAGGUGAUGUGCAACUCCUAGGCGAUAACAAGGAAGUAGCCCUGAAGCGUCUGGCUAUCCUCACCCGCACUCUCCGAAGAGAUAAAACACUUCUCCAAACGUAUGACACGACUAUCCGGCAGUAUCUGGAACAUCAUCACGCAGAAAGGGUUACCGAUACAUCAACUGAUGCAUCUCAGGCUUAUUACAUGCCCCACCACGCGGUCAUACGCGAAGAUCGUGAAACUACCAAAGUCCGAAUUGUUUUCGACAUAAGCUCCAAAGCACCCGGAGCACAAUCAUUGAAUGACAUCCUCGAACCCGGUCCUAAUCUCAAUCCCGACAUGCUGAAGCUAUUACUCACCUUUCGCUUACACAGAAUCGCAAUCAUAGCCGACAUUGAGAAGGCUUUCCUUCAAAUUCUUCUGGACGUUCAGGACCGAGACUUCCUUCGUUUCUUCUGGUAUGAAACCACUCCAUCCGUAGAAGGUCAGUUGCCCCGACUCGAAAUAUGGCGCAUGACACGUGUUCCCUUUGGCGCUACGAGUAGCACUUUCCUUAUAGCUGCUACUAUACAUCAUCAUCUGCAGCACCAGGAGGCUACUUAUCCAUGGACGACAAGUCGACAGAAAGCACGGUUCUAUGUUGAUGAUCUCGUCACUGGCGCCGAGGAUACCCAGGAAGCCAUGAAACUUUUCCGGGAAACUCUUCAGAUCUUUGAAACUGCAAGCAUGCCAGUCCGGAAAUGGCUCACAAACAGUCCCACUCUUCAGCAAGAGUUUGAACGCUCAGGCUACACGCGAGUGUCAACUGUAUCUGCUAAGGUGUUGGGCAUCACUUGGCAUACCGGUCGGGAUGACCUGACAUGCUCUCUCUCUUCCAUUUCGGAGUUCCUCAAGUCCAGUCAAUGUACGAAGCGCCACGUCUUACGUAGUGUCUCCCGGCUUUUUGAUCCCUUCGGGUUUUUGGCGCCGUUCACGAUAACCCCCAAGAUUCUCUUCCAAAGCCUCUGGGAAGAAAAAACACCAUGGGACGGUACCCUCACGACUGCAAGUUCAAUCGUAUGGAACACCUGGUGCUCAGACCUCAACCAACUUACGUCCUUUGCGCUCCCACGUAUUCUCGACCCAGAUAGCCCCGACCUUGUCUCAACUUUCUCGCUGCAUGCCUUUUGCGAUGCCAGCCCGCAUGCGUAUGGGGCGGUUGUGUACUUUCGCAACCCAAAGACUUGCCGUGUCACAUUCGUCGUUGCCAAAUCGCGAGUGGCCCCUUUGAAACGUCAGAGCCUUCCCAGGCUAGAGCUAAUGGCAGCUGUCCUUGCAGCCCGAUUACUCAAGACCGUCACAGAUGCAUUCUCAAUCGUGCGCGACAACUGCAACGCCUGGACAGAUUCUAUGAUUGCCCUUUCCUGGAUUCGGACGGCACCUUCACGCCUAACACCUUUCGUAAGCCAUCGUGUCUUAGAUAUUCAACGACACGUUCCCCCUCAUCUGUGGAGACACUGUCCUGGAUGCGAAAACCCUGCCGACCUCCUUACCCGCGGGGUAUCUGCAACAACACUAACACAGAGCUCUCUAUGGGUAUCCGGCCCUCCCUGGCUCCAGCAGGCAACGACAUUCUGGCCCCCAACACCAAACCCGGUUGAAUCACUGCCAGAUGCCAUCGAACUCAAUGCACAGCUUGACGUAGAUGUCUCCCUACUACUUGUUCCCGGACCUCCGACUGAGGCUGUGCUCUCUAUAAACAACUUUAGUAGCUUUACCCGUCUGCUCGCAGUAACGGCAUGGAUUUUUCGCUUUAUUCAACGUGCUAGAAGAUCAACUAAUGCUGCUCCACAGCAAGGCAACGCUCAUCUGUCAGCCGACGACUUGCACAGAGCCGAGCAAUAUUGGAUCAAGACUGUACAGCAAGAGGUAUUCGGACCAAAUCCUGCCGUUCACGAAAAUCUGCGAGACCUCUCAGUCUUCAUCGAUACCGAAGGUAUCCUCCGGCUCACGACUCGGCUAGUUUUCAGUGGGCUGAAUUCCUCCACGAUCAACCCUAUAAUUCUUCCCGGCAAGCAUUAUUUUACGUGGCUCAUGAUCACGUACACCCACGCAAACCAGAUGCACACCGGGGUUCAAGGCACCCUCGCUCAACUGCGUGAGAGGUUUUGGAUCAUACGUGGACGUCAAGCAGUCAAAAGAGUCAUAUAUGCGUGUGUCGUCUGCCGCCGGUUCGAGAGUAAGGCCACACGCCAAGCCACGGCUUCGCUUCCUCCAGAUCGUCUCUCCAGAAGCGAACCCUUUCAUGUCACGGGGCUUGACUUCGCAGGCCCGAUCUACUAUCGCACUGAUCGCUCGAGCACCACUCCGAAGUCAUAUAUCGUCCUAUUUACGUGUGCUGUCACUCGCGCCGUGCAUCUAGAAUUGGCAUCCUCAAUGACCACAGACGACUUUCUACAAGCCUUCAGACGCUUCAUCGCUCGUAGAUCGAUACCUGCCAAAGUGUACUCUGACAACUUCCGGACAUUCAAGCGGGCCUCCACGGACCUUGCCGAACUUGGCCGGCUCAUCCAUGCCGAACCCGUCCAGCGCUACUGCGCAGUUUACAAUAUCCAAUGGGUAUUCAUCGCCGAGCGCGCAGCCUGGUGGGGCGGGUUCUGGGAACGGCUGGUGAGAUCAGUCAAAGACGCCCUGCGCAAGACUUUAGGACGUAGCUCACUGACGUUCGAGCAGCUGACAACCAUCCUCACUGAAAUUGAGGCCACGAUCAAUUCGCGCCCAUUGACAUACCUCUCCGACGAUCCCAGAGACCUUUCACCACUCUGUCCAUCUCACUUUCUGGUUGGAAGGCGCCUGACUCUCCUACCUGAGCAUCCUCAGACCAGCAGUACCACUGAUGAAGCCCGUUCCUCGCUUAUCGAGAAGGCAGAUCUCCGACGGGUGAUGCUGGCGAGCUUUUGGCGCAGGUGGACCCGCGACUAUAUAUGCGAGCUGCCGUCCGCUCAUCGCUUCCAGUGCAGCGAUAUCGUACCCUUCAAGGUGGGCGAGCUAGUGCUCCUGUCCUCCAAACCACAAGGAAGAGCAGUGUGGCCACUUGCACGUAUCUCUGAGGUACAGCCAGGACGCGACGGAGUCAUCCGAGCGUGCAGGGUACUACUUCCCAACGGAUCAGAAAUACGUCGUCCCGUCCAGCACCUCCACAAGCUGGAGCUUUGA